AUGGCCUCUAUUCAACCCAACUUCUAUUUUCCUUACCCUCUCAACCCUCCACCUUCACCUUUCCACCCUUUUAACCCUCCACCAUCUCAUUCCUUCAAAUCUCCACCACCAUCACCACUAUCACCACCAUCUCAUUCAUUUCCUCCACCUCCUCCACACGGACACCCUCCACCACCGUCAUCUCAUCCAUUUUCCCCUCCACCACCACAAGUCCGCCCACCACCGUCUCAUCCAUUUUCCCCUCCACCACCACACGCCCACCCACCGCCGUCUCCACAUCACCCAAUUUCCCCUCCUCUACCACCACACAUCCGCGCACCCCCACCACCAUUUCCACCUUCUCCCUCUCCAUACCACCCUACCGUCAUUAUCAUUGUGAUCAUCGCAUCUGGUGGGAUUGCCUUGCUUUCAAUGCUCGCCUUUGCAUUAUUUUGCUGCAUCCAAAAGAGGAAGAAGAAAACACAAGAAACCGAUAUGGUUCACAUCGAUGAACAUAAAAAGGUUACAGAAACAAUUGUUCCUGGUCCUUUUGGAAAACCAACAGUGGUGAUUUCAGUCGAAGAUGAUGUUCAUGUUGAUGAAGUAAUCAAGAAGAAUGAAGCAGUUGGUCAUGGUUUACAUGCUGAAGCAUCUAAAGCUGAAUCAAGUCAAGACAAUGCUACUACUAGUAGUAAUGAAAGUGCAACAACUACUACUUCUCCUGGUCGUGAACAUCAUGGUAUUUAUCCAUAA